GAGGCAGAUACUUGUGGCUGCGUCGCUGCUACUUCCACUGUAGUUACAUUCUGCUGCAUUUGUUUUAUCUUAACGUAAAAUCAUUGAAUUUCUACAAGGAGAUGCGGUUAAAUGUGACGGGCGGGCGCAACCGAGUGUUUCUGUUGACUACGUUGAAAAUUGACGGCAACUCCUGGAGCUAACUCGCGGAGUACGGGCGGGGGCACCGAGCCUACAGCCCAAACAUUUGCCAGCACUUUGUUUUAAGAGUUUAGUUUCACGAUUAAGUUGUCAAAAUGGAGACACACGAAGGAGCAGCGGCAGCAACAGGCGGCGGCGUCCUCGACUUUUCCCGGCUCAGUCUGAACACUUUCAGCGCUGUCAGUGUCAGCGACGAGAGGAAAAGAGACACCAGGCAGCUAUACUUGAACUACAACCGGCUAGCUUCGCUGCCCUCGUCGGUCAGCGUGUUCUGCAACCUGGAGCUGCUGGACAUCAGCAACAACGGACUGUCGUCCAUCUGCGAGGGCAUCACGCGGCUGAGCAGGCUGAAGACACUCAUAGCCAAGAACAACCGCCUGGACGAGUUCUCCCUGCCCAAGCAUUUCGGCUCCCUGCAGCUGGAGGUGCUGAACUUCAGCGGAAACAGAUUUGAGGAGAUCCCGCUGCAGUGUACCAAGCUGCUGCGGCUGCAGUCGCUUUCACUGGGCGGAAACAGACUGAAAAGUAUACCAGCGGAGAUAGAAAACCUGACCGGUCUCGAGCUGCUGUAUCUGGGCGGAAACCUCAUCACAGCCAUCCCUCCUGAAGUGGCUAACCUGCCCUACCUCAGCUAUCUGGUCCUGUGUGACAACCGCAUUCAAGGUGUGCCACCAGAGCUCACCAGGCUGCACUCGCUGCGAUCUUUAAGUCUUCACAACAACCUGCUUACUUACCUGCCAAGGGAAAUCCUUAGCCUGGUGCACCUGCAGGAGCUCAGCCUCCGAGGAAAUCCACUGGUGGUGCGCUUCGUCAAGGAGAUGACUUACGACCCCCCCUCUCUGCUAGAAUUGGCAGGGCGUACAGUCAAGAGUCGUAAUAUUCCCUAUUAUCCCUGUGACCUGCCUUCAAAUUUGCUGCGAUACCUGGACUUGGCCAGCAAGUGUCCCAACCCCAAGUGUGCCGGCGUCUACUUUGACUCAUGUGUCCGCCAAAUCAAAUUUGUGGACUUCUGUGGAAAGUAUCGGCUGCCUCUCAUGCACUACCUGUGCUCCCCAGAGUGCACCUCUCCCUGCAGCUCCAACCCCCAGAGUGACGCUGACUCGGAGGAUGAGAACAGCGUGCCCGUUGACCGCCUGCAGAGGGUGCUUUUGGGAUAGAAUGACAUAACAUUCUUAUCCCUGAUUGUAGACAGUGAAAUCAGAAAGUAUUCUCACCCCUUUUUAAAUGUGCAAUAUGUAAAAUUGUGCAUGCACACUGUAUCAGGAAACACACAUUGCAUACAUAAACAAAUAGUAGAGUACUAA